CUUUACUACACAGUCGCUCAGCCUUCGACAGUAGACAGUGUGCAGGAUCAUCAACGCAGAGAGAUGCCGCGCCCCCUGCUGGUCCUCGCUGGCACCUGUCUGCUGGUGCUGUGCGCGCAGCGCGUCACCGCUCAAGAGGGACCCGACCCGCCCCUACCAGGCGAACGCGAGUAUGGCUGGAAUGACGACUUGCCGGGGGCGGCUCCUGGCGGAGGCCUGCAGGUGUACAACGCCACCGAGACCUCCGGCCCUGUAAACGAGGACAGCGCAGACGGCUCGAUAACCGACGAAUCGAACUGCACGCAAACUGAAGAGGUAUCCCAGAAACGAGCAGCUUCACAUGCAGGCUCCAGGCACAGCACCGUUGCCAGAACGACAGCUCAUGCCAAAACCGCCAAGGUCAGGACGGUUUCCAACGCCAGAACAGCAGGCAAAUCGAGGACUGCUGGCAGAGCCCGAACUGCUGUCAAGAAGGCUGGCAGAGCAGUGGCGAAGGCUGCUGGGGUGCACCGCUCCCGAGCAGGCGAAACUCGACAUGCUGACUCCAGACCCAGGGGCAGCUCUCCGACAGCGGCCCACGGGAGAGCAGCCAAAGGCAGGAAGUCCGUCAAGCGCGCCAGGGGCGCAGAGGGUCAACCACUGCAUUACAUUGGGAACAGCUGCUCGAGCGAAAUGGACUGGAAGAUGGCUCAAUGUAACCACAUUCAAACUUUUCCUUACGAUUUUUAAAUGAAGGAUUGCUUACUUCUUUCAGUAAUAAAAAAAACAAA